UAUUCUAUUCUCUUGUACUCACUGACAUAACACAAUUUCAAUAAUAAUUUUUCGUAUUCGAUUGUUAUCUCGUACCUUGCUUUUUCCUUUUCUCUAUACUUCCCACUUCAUUGUGUGCAUCUAUUUUUGCCUCCUUCCUUCUGCUUCACUGUGUUAGGGAAGAUCUGCGGAACUCUUCUAUCAGGUAUGGCGUCUUUGCUUCUUUCAUCGUGGAUUGAUUGGUACAGCAAGGUCAUCGAGUCUUCUUUGUAUGGAUGUGAAGCAAGGAAAGGCAAGACAGUGUAAUGGAAAGCAUUGGUGUUGUAUCUCGAGGGAUAGUUCGUGAAGUGCUCACAAGAUACAACUAUCAAGAAUGGAAAACUCUAAUGGAAAACUAUUUGAGGGGUGAAAAUCUGUGGGAAGUUGUGGAGAGUGAUUCUGUUUUUGAUGCACAGAGAAACGCAAAGGCUCUGCAUAUUAUUCAACUAUCAUGUGCACCAAAUAUUUUCGAUCAAAUUAAACACUUUCAAACUUCCCACAUAGCUUGGAAUCACUUGGCUAAUGUCUGCAGGUCUGAGUUUAAAGUCCAUCAGCAUAUUCUACACGAUGUUGUAUCAGACUUUAGUGAGCACAAAGCUUUAUACAAGUUUGUGCAAACCGGUGAUUGGGAAGGCACAAGCUCAUACUUGAGGGGUGAACCGAAUGCCAUAAUUUGGGUUCCGCCUUCAGGUAGGACGGUUCUUCAUGUUGCAACAAUAGAAGGACAUAUCACAAUUGUGAAGAGAUUAGUGCACAGAAAUAAUCAAUUACUAGAAAUGCAGGAUAAAGAUGGUAACACUGCUCUUGCUCUUGCUGCUGGUUAUACUGGAAACAUUAAUAUAGCAACAUUUUUUAUAAAUGCGGAAGGUGGUAAAGAACUACUUGCUAUAGAGAACAAAGAGGGUGAGAUCCCUCUUCUUAUGGCUGCUAAUUCAGGACGCAAAAGAAUGACUCGUUUACUUUUCCUUAGAACUUCUUCCGAUGUCAUUGAUCAGCAGUCUUUACACAAUCGUGUUUUGCUUCUGGAACGAUGCAUCCAAGCGCAUAUAUUUGAUGUGGCUUUGAAAUUGCUUAAAUCUUACGAUGAACUGCCCAUUGAAUCCUUACCCGUCUUGCAAGAAUUGGCUCGAAUUCCUUCUGCAUAUUUACAGGCCAGCCUUUGGCAGACAAUGGUUGACAGUUUGAAAAAUGGUACUUUAAUCGAUGUCAUUGGGGCAAUUAUGCACAUUUUUAUAAUUUUUCUUACAAUUUUUCGGUAUCCGAAAAUAUGGGAAAAAAUACUGAGGGAGAGUGUAUUUCGACACAAGAAUGAAUUUCUACAGAUACUAAGGUAUUAUAAAGAUAUUAUUUCGAAGUUCAAUAGUUCACAACUUCGGGAUGCUUCGGUGUAUGAUGCCAUGUUGGAAGCAGCAAAGCAUGGAAAUGUUGAGUUCAUAAAUGCUAUGAGGGAGGCUAACCAUGACCUCUUAUGGGCAAUGGACGAUCAUGGAAGAGACAUAUUUUCGUAUGCGGUUAUUCAUCGCAAACACAAUGUGUUCCAACUCAUGCAUACUCUCUGUGGAAAUAAAAUUAACUAUAGAACAGACAUGUUUGGCGAUAAUCUAUUGCACUUGGCGGCACGUUUAGGACCUUUGUGUGAUCUGAAUCUCAGACUCGGUGCUGCUCUGCAAAUGCAAAGAGAAAUUCAAUGGUUUAAGGGGGUGAAGGAAGUUGUGCAUGUGAAAUGUAGAGAAGCCAAAAAUGGUGAGGGUAAGACGCCUGAAGAGAUAUUUAUUGAAACGCACAAGGAGCUGAUGAAAGAUGGAGAAAAAUGGGCAAAGGAAACAGCUGGGACAUUUGCAAUUGUGGGUGUUCUCGUUAUAACUGUGAUGUUCGCUGCAAUCUUCACUGUCCCAGGAGGUCUCCGUCAAGACAAUGGAAUGCCGAUUUUGAUAAAGGAUAAAUGGUUUACUGUGUUUAUUGUAGCUGAUGUAAUCUCUCUCCUUUGUUCUAUCCUUACAGUAUUGAUAUACAUAUACCUCCAAAAAUCGUGUUAUGCUCCAACAGACUUCCUAAAUAGAAUCCCCGACAUGAUAAAGCAAGGGCUUUGGUGCCUUUCCCUGUCCCUAGUGUCCAUGAUGAUUGCCUUCUGUGCUGCGCUUGGAAUAGUUCUACAAAAAUCAUCGUUAUACAAGCACUUCUAUCUAGGAAUCCUCGUAUAUGGAGGCUAUUUAAUCAUCUCAUUCAUACCAUUAGAUUUCAUAUUUGGAUUAGUAAAUCCCAUCAUUCCAAGAGACUUCCUACAAAAUUUGCCACAUUAAUGUUUAUAUUUUUCUGUACUUUAGCCACGUUAGGUUAUGUUGAAUGUGUGCAUUUGUUUAGCUAAGAUUUUAGAAAGUUAUUUAUUUUAAUUACUCAGUUAAGUUAGUGGCUUUUUUUUAAGAAGUUUAGUACUU